AUGAUGGAUUUGGUGAACGAGUCUACAGUUUCUGAUUUUGUUUUGCUAGGACUCUCUAAAUCCUGGAAACUACAGACAUUAUUCCUCGUGGUGUUUUCGCUCUUUUAUGUGGCAACGAUGGUGGGUAAUAGCCUCAUAGUCAUCACAGUGAUAGCUGACUCUCAUCUGCACUUCCCCAUGUACUUCCUGCUCACCAACCUUUCCAUCAUUGAUAUGUCUCUUGCUUCCUUUGCAACCCCUAAGAUGAUUACAGACUACCUCAGUGGACACAAAACCAUCUCCUUUGAUGGUUGCAUCACCCAGAUAUUUUUUCUACACCUUUUUACUGGCACUGAGAUUAUUUUGCUAAUGGCCAUGUCUUUUGAUAGGUAUAUUGCAAUAUGCAAGCCUCUCCACUAUACUUCAAUCAUAAGUCCCCAGAUGUGUGUUGCCCUUGUGGUGGUUUCCUGGGUUGUAGGAGUCAUGCAUUCAAUGAGCCAGGUCAUAUUUGCUCUCACAUUACCCUUCUGUGGUCCCAAUGAGGUAGAUAGCUUUUUCUGUGACCUUCCUGUGGUGUUCCAACUAGCAUGUGUAAAUACUUACGUCCUGGGCCUCUUUAUGAUCUCAACAAGUGGCAUCAUUGCCUUGUCCUGCUUUAUUCUUCUAUUCAGUUCUUAUGUUAUUGUCUUGGUUACUAUCAGAAAUCAUUCUUCAAAAGGAACAUCUAAGGUUCUUUCUACCUGCACAGCUCAUUUCAUUGUGGUUUUCAUGUUCUUUGGGCCCUGCAUCUUCAUCUAUAUGUGGCCACUAAGCAGUUUUCUGAUAGACAAGAUUCUAUCUGUGUUUUAUACCAUCUUUACUCCCAUUCUGAACCCAGUAAUCUAUACUUUGAGAAAUCAGGAAGUGAAAACAGCCAUGAGGAAACUGAAGAAUAAGCUUCUAAAUUCUAACAAGGCAACUCCAUUGCAUUAUUUUUAG